AUGUCUACAAUAUCAUCAUCGCCCUUAAACCGCACAACAAAUCAACUAGGAGCUCUUCAAAGUAAUAGCUCUUUUCAGAAUAAUAAUUCUGCAUACCAAAAACAACAAUAUAUAUGUUGUUGGGAAGGAUGUGAUCAGCGAUUUAAUAAUGCAAAAGAUCUUAUAAUACAUCUGAAGGAAAUACACAUAAAAAUUUUGAAUAUUGUAUCUCCAUUAUUAUUUCAUUGCAAAUGGGGUGAUUGUAAGAGCGAAGAAUCCACAUCAACGGAAAAUUUGCUUAAUCAUGAAUCACAAAUGAACCAAGGGGUAGCAGUACAGAAUAUUUCCGAAUCAGUUCAACAACAACCAGAUUCGCAAUUAGAAUUGCAAUUAAACCAACAAAAUCAACGAAUUGAGGAAAGCAAGAGAGUAGCUUGUGCACAAACCCAAAGACUUCAAUUGGACACAGUACCACCUGACAGCUCGCGGCAAGUCGAUACCGUUGUGCCAAAAGAAAUCGUAAUUAUAGAUGACGACGAAACCACCGUUGAUAAGCCCAUUCAAGUGGCUAAUUCGGUUGCUGCUACACAACAAGUCACAAAUAACAGGAUGCCUGUAAUGCGAGAGUUUGACACAAGACCAAGGCAAAUGUCGCAGACGCUACAUUAUUCACAUCUUCCUGAGACCCAAGGGCAUUCAGUUCCGUCUUUUAAUGCAACCUCAAAUCAGUUCCCGAGUCGGGUGGUACAAGUUCCUAGUCAGAGGGUUCAAGUUCCUAAUCAGAGGGUUCAAGUUCCUAAUCAGAGGGUUCAAAUUCCGGUUCAAAUGGGAGCAAAUACUUCACAACAUAACAGCAAUCUUAGAUAUCACUCAGCACAACAGGGUAACAACAUAAUCCGAACUUCACAACAGAAUUACCGCACAUCAGGUUUACCAUUGAUGCAGACAUAUCAAGAUGGGAAUGUUAUUAGGAUUAUACAAGGAAAUGAAAUCUUGCGACAAGAAAAUGACAUCUUGCGACAAGAAAAUGAAAACCUAAAGCGUGAGUUGAGAAAUAUGAUGGCAAUACAAGAACCCCAGUCAAAGCUUAAGAAAGAAAAUGAACAAUUAAUAAUAGAGUUACAAAAUCUGAAAGCGAAAAUUGCAGCACAGGAAGCACAGCCAAGACAGAGUGAUCGUGAAAAAUUUUUGAUGGUUGAAUUGCGAAAAUUGCAAACACAGCUUAUGCUUAAGGAAUCACAAUUAAAAAUGACAGAAGGGGAGCUUGUCUAUCAUAAGAGAGUUACGAAUCUUAUAACAGAGCAAAUUCGUCGGUCAGAUACUAAAAUGAGAGAAUAUUGGGUGGAGAUGCUACGUGAAAAAGGUCGUACAAAACAUAAUAGUGAAAAAAUGACGGUCGAAAAAGCUUCUUUAAAAAGAACUAGAGAAGAAAAUGAUAUGCAAGAUUCGAUAACAGGUGCAGUUCAGAAAAGAAGCAAAGAAAAUGAAGAGAGCAGCGAAGAAGGAACUUCAGAAAAAUCAAAAGAUACCAGAGGGAUAGAUGAUGAUAAUACUAAUCAAGAAAAAAUGGAUGCAGAGAAUAUGGAUGUAGAACCGUUAGAGAAGCCCGAUUCAGAAGAGUAUGAUAUAAAUAUUAUCACGGAAGCUUACGUUUGUCAAUGGAAUGGAUGCAAAAAAGUAUUUAGAACAAAAUUAGCACUCAAAGCACACAUUCCAUCUGAACAUAUAGCAGCCGAAUGUUUACGUGUUCAUGUGGACAAACCAUCAGUUUUGUAA